CUUGAUAUACAUAUUUUUUCAGAGUUCAGAAUUUUAUUUUCCCAACAGCGGGACUUUCAGAACCUACACAUCCCCUACACAUUAGGCCAGAAAUAAACAAAGCAGCAAUGCCGCGCGACUACGACAGGGACUACAACGAGGACGCCGCCGACUACAAGCGGAAGCGGCGCGACGAGGAGCCAGCGGCGACCGGCGCUCCCGAGACUCCGGAGGCGGAUGGCGGCGGACACACCACCAGCCACGCCGCCCUCCGGGACACGCCCCAGCUGAACGAGAAGACGAACGCGUAUUUGCAGGAGUGCCUGCUGGAGAAGAAGACGCUCGAGAAGAAGCACAUCAUCACCAAGCGCCUGCUCGACGACGAGGUGGAAAAGAUCUUGGUCAGCGGCCGCAUACCCAAGCCGGAGAUCUAUGCCAAUGUGUACAGCGAGAAGCCGAUCCGAGUGGCCCAGAAGGUGCUGUUCCCCAUCAAGGAGUACCCCAAGUUCAACUUCGUUGGCAAGAUCCUGGGCCCCAAGGGCAACACACUGCGCCAGCUGCAGGAGGAGACCAUGUGCAAGAUGGUGGUGAUGGGGCGCAACUCGAUGCGCGACCACGGCAAGGAGGAGGAGCUCCGCAGCUCAGGGAAUCCCAAAUACGCCCACCUCAGCCGGGAUCUGCACGUGGAGAUAUCGACGGUGGCCCCCCCGGCGGAGGCCUAUCACAGGAUCAGCUAUGCGCUGGGCGAGAUCCGCAAGUUCAUGAUACCCGAUGCCAACGACGACAUCCGGCUGGAGCAGCUGCGCGAGAUGGACGGCAAGGAGCGCAUGUACAAGAAGUCUCACCACUAUUCCAAGUCUUACGGCGAUCACGGCGCCUACAGCUCCCGCACUCCACCUCCUGCUUCCUCCAAGCCCAAAGUUUAUUCGAUCCUGGAGAAGGCACGAUAUGUGAUGGACGAUCCCAACUAUGGCAUCGUCAAGACGCACAGAUCCCGGGACCACGAGCUGUACGACCACCACGGAGAGUACGAUCGUUACGCCACACCGCCGCCACAGACAUCGAAGCACUCGACCCACCACGCCCAGUAUGACAGCAGCUCCUACGAGCGCGACUACCGGCGUGAGUAUCACCCCCACUCGUCCUCCUCUUCCUAUGCGGCGGCCUAUCCGGCAAAACCAAGCAACGGUCGUUCAUCAUCGUCAUAUCGACCAACAACCUCGGGCUCGGGAUCACAUUCAUCUGCUCACUACGAAACUGGAUCCCGAUCUCGUGAAAGCGUGCGUUAUCGCUCGGCUCCAUAUCCGAAAAUACGUUAACCCAUCGACUUACCAAAAUCCCAAGAAAUCAACCCCAACAACAACUACAACAACAACCACAACUAAACAAAGUUAAGCGUAAAGAUGAAAAUAUAUUCCAAACAAAUUAUCAAAAAUGUUUAAAGUCAACAAACCAACUAUGCACACCUAUUAAAUAUACUAUCUAAACGAAAAUCAAAUAAAAAACGUAACUUUUUAUUGCAAUUGUUGUCCCCAAUAUUCGAGUUGUGUUAAAACAAAAAAUGAAAUCAUCAAUGCAACAAGUUUUAUCCUCGAAAUGAUUGUAAAAAUAAAUCAAAAACUUCAACCCAAUUAAUGCUAGUUAAAGCGAAUACAAAAAGAGAACAAAACACAAACAAAAAUCCCCAAAACAAGUAAUUAAUCAAUGCCUAAUGUUAGACUAAGCUUUGGAAAUAUUGUUUCAUAAGAUUAUGGAGAUAAAACCAACAAUAAAAGCAAAUGAUAAACCAGAGAUAUAUGCCCAACGACAAAGUAAGUAUAGCCUGCGGACAGAAUGAUUAACAAACAACACUAUCAGAAGCAGUUAAAAUAAAUUAACCAAUUACCUUACCGGCUUCGUUACAAAUUCCCACGAGCAAAAUGAGUAUUGUGAAACGUUCAACGUUGUCGUUUAUAAUUAUGAUUUUUUUUUAUUUUGUUUGUUUUCUUGCGAACCAACAAUUGUUUUAAAUCUUAAAUAUUAUUUUUAACCUUAAACCAUUAGGCCGAUUAGAACCGAAUGUGUGUUGCCGCAAAAAUAUCCGAAAAUAAAGAAAAGAAUAAUCGAAAGAA